AACAAUUAUUUACUGUGGACAUUUGAUCUCCACAACUUUUUCCAGCACCUGUAAAUUCUGUCACUUGUAUUUUCCAUCUCUUUAGCAUUUCACGUGAUGCACAAUAUGUAAACAAUAGCCGAAUGUAAUCGAACGUUGUCGACCAAAGCACGUUCCGUCCCAAUCAGCUCCGACAACGUCCGGUCUAUGCUUCGGUUAAGUUCGGCGAUUGUUGAUAUAUUGUCCAAGUCAUGCGAAUUGCGUCAGUAUUGGAAAUAUAAUCGGGAAAUACAAACCGAUAUACAGACCAGCGUACUGAAUGUCGGGUUAAUAACACUACUGUGUGGAUAGUCUGUCUCAGAUUACCUCCUAUAUAAGGAACAAAUCGGAGCAACCCUGUUGCAGAGUCCUUUCAGCCUGACACAGCCAAUGGCGAAGAACCAGCUGACCUCUUCAGUGAAGAAGAAACCAGCACCGCUGUCAACAGUUCCAUCACAACCUUUAAGUCCAACGGUGUCCAUUCAGACAAUGAGAAUGAUCUAUUUGCAGAGGUCUCGGUGGAGCUGUCCAUGGAGAACCCCAGCACCACAGCCAAGACCUCUGGAGCUGAAUUCACCCCGUCACUUACACUGUCAGCAACACAACCCAGGUCUAUGGAGCAGGUAGGCUACAACAGGACAUCAGCAACACAACCCAGGUCUAUGGAGCAGGUAGGCUACAACAGGACAUCAGCAACACAACCCAGGUCUAUGGAGCAGGUAGGCUACAACAGGACAUCAGCAACACAACCCAGGUCUAUGGAGCAGGUAGGCUACAACAGGACAUCAGCAACACAACCCAGGUCUAUGGAGCAGUUGGAAGAGGAUAAGGAUGAGGACAGCUUUGACAUGGACGUUGCUGUCACCAAUCCAGAGAAAAUUGGAGAUGGCAUGAACGCUUACAUGGCCUACAAGGUGUCCACUCGGACUACAUUACCCAUGUUCAGGAACAGGACAUUCUCGGUGUGGAGGAGGUUCAGUGAUUUCCUUGGGCUGUAUGAGAAGCUGUCGGUGAAGCACUCUCUGAACGGCUGUAUCAUCCCUCCACCACCAGAGAAGAGCGUUGUGGGGAUGACCAAAGUGAAGGUGGGAAAAGAGGACUCUUCCUCGGCUGACUUUGUGGAGAGGAGGAGAGCGGCUCUGGAGAGGUAUCUGCAAAGAGUAGUGUGUCACCCGUCCCUGUUACAAGACCCUGAUGUCAGAGAGUUCCUGGAAAGAGACGAGCUGCCUAGGGCGGUGGGUACACACACACUGAGUGGAGCUGGCUUCCUGAAGAUGAUCAACAGAGCAUCUGAUGCUGUCAGUAAGAUGACCAUCAAGAUCAGCUACUCGGACGCUUGGUUUGACAACAAACUGCAGGAGGUGGAGUGCGAGGAUCUGCAGCUGAGGAAACUCCAUGCGGUGGUGGACUCCCUAGUCAACCACAGAAAGGAGCUCUGCGGGAACACAGCAGUGUUCGCCAAGAGCAUGGCCAUGCUGGGCAACUCGGAGGACAACACAGCUCUGUCCCGGGCCCUCUCCCAACUGGCCGAGGUGGAGGACAAGAUGGAGACGCUACACCAGGAGCAGGCGGCCAGCGACUUCUUCAUCUUGGCCGAGCUGCUGGCCGACUACAUCCGCCUACUUGGAGCCGUCAGGGGCUGUUUUGAGCAGCGCAUGAAAACGUGGCAGCGCUGGCAGGAGGCUCAGAGCACCCUGCAGAAGAAGAGGGAGGUUGAGGCAAAGCUUCUGUGGGCCAACAAGCCUGACAAACUACAACAGGCCAAAGAGGAGAUUACUGAGUGGGAGGGUAAAGUCACUCAGUACGAGAGGGAUUUUGACAGGAUCUCUGUAACCGUUCGCAAGGAAUUCCUCAGGUUUGAGAAAGAGAAGUCCAAGGACUUCAAAAGCCAGAUAGUGAAAUAUCUGGAGUCUCUUCUACAGUCUCAACAGCGGCUCGUAAUGUUCUGGGAAGCAUUCCUGCCUGAAGCUAAAGCGAUAGCAUGAUGAAGCUUGAGGACGUUAGGAAGAGAACGACUGCCUUUUUGAACACUUUACCUCCUGACUAUGUACCCAGAAGACAAUGCAACAGAGGGGACAACUACUCUACAGCUCAUCCAUAUUAUUUUAGCAUUAGUGAUUUAUUUUCCAGCUUUUCAGUAUUGUAUUGUAUUGAUUCAACAGGAAUGAAUUUGACAGUAUAGCUUUUCUAUGUAAACAUGUCAGUGGUGUAAAUGGGAUAUUUUUUUACUCUGUGUUCUUGGGCCACCCUUACUCAGAUAGGAAGCGUUUGGCUUUCAAAUCCUAAAGUGUUCACAUUUUGAGGUACUUCCCUAGAGUAGUAGUGUUUGUUUACAGUGGAGGGCAGUUCAUAACUGUUUACAAAAGCUCAUGAAAUAACUUUUGGGUCCACAAACGCAUAGGGGAAUGUAGUAAAUUGUGUGUGUCCUGUGAAAUACCACUUUGACUAGAGAGCUCAUUCAAACUGAUAGACGGACUAAUACCAACAGUCCUCAAUUUGUGCAUUUCCAGACCUACAGUGAAGGGACAAAAUAAUGGAAGCACGGAGUGUAUGUUUAUGGUGACCCAUCAGAUGAGUGUGCCUGCCUGUGUCUUUGUGCGUGUUCACCAUUGUUUGAUCAUCUGUUUCCUCAAAUAAUUAUGAUCAACAACAGUCUUUCUGAACUAACCAUCAGUAUAUUUUUACAUCUGUGUUCAAACAUGUAGCCUCAUUGAAUUCAAUGUGAAUGUGAAAUGUGUCCUGUUCAGUGGUUGAAAAAGUACUAAAUGUUCAUACUUGAGUAAAAGUACAAAGUAAAAGUCAAUGCUAUACAUAAAAUUCCUUAUAUUAAGCAAACCAGACGGCACAAUUUUCUUGUUUUUUAUUUAUUUACAGACAGACUGCGGCACACUCCAACACUCAGACAUAAUUUACAAAAGCAGUAUUUGUGCUUAAUGAGUCCGCCAGAUCAGAGGCAGUAGGGCUGACAAUGCGUUAUAUAGAUAGGUGUGUGAAUUGGACCAUAAUUCUAUCCUGCCUCAGCAUUCAAAAUGUAAUGAGUUCUUUUGGGUGUCGGGGUUGAUGUAUGGGAGUAGUACAUAUCUUUAGGAAUGUUGUGGAGUAAAAGUAGUCAAAUAUCAAUAGUAAUGUAAUGUACACAUACCCAAGUAUUUUUUUCUUAAGUAUUUUAAACCACUGGUUAUGUUUCCUCACAAUUUUGAUAAACUAGCAACAGUGCUUGACUUGGACUGAAAUAGGUGUCAGUACUCAUUUUGGGUGCUGGUACUGUUAAGGUGCAGGAACUCCAUAAUAAUUUUGAACUAAAUAUUCUAUAUAAGGUGCAGGAACUUGAGCAGUAGAAAAUUAGGUGCCGGUAUUCAGUUCCGGUUGGGGUUAUACCCAAAUCCAGCACUGACUAGCAGUGUGUAAUGAUGAUGAAAGCAUAGUGAUAACAAGUGUUGACUCCUUUAGUUUUCUUACCCAACAUUUAUAUGAGUGUCUGUUCUUUUUCCUCAAGAUGUGCUUUAUUUUUGUAACCACUUGCAUUUAGAUAAGAUAUUCCUGAAAAUUAUAUAGAAGGGAGUAAUAAAGAUGAUUGAUUGAACUUCG